CCCCCCCCCCCCCCCCCCCCCCCCCCCCCCCCCCCCCCCAACCCCAGCGGCGGAGCCGACGAAGAGGAGAGCAAGGCUCGGCGGACAAGGGGAAGACCUCCGCUCCCCCGGCGAUCGCGAGGCCACCCUCCUCAAGAUGGUGCUGAUGCAGGCAGAUCCGUUCCUGAGCGAGCUGACCAACAUGUACGAGCGGAGCACGGAGAAGGGCUCCGUGUGGGUCACCAUGAAGCGAUCGUCGAUGAAGUGUCAGGCUAGGUUGAAGAAGAUGGCGAGUAAGGGGGAGCCUGUCGAGUACCGGUGCCUUGUCCGCGCCUCCGAUGGCAAGAGGAACAUCUCCACCUCGCUGUCUGCAAAGGAGUAUCUGAAAUUCCAAGCUUCAUAUGCCCUGGUUCUUAAAGCCCACAUGCAUGCUUUGAAGAAGAGGGAGAGGAAGGACAGGAAGAAGACGGUCGAGGCAGAGAAGAUACCCGAGAAGGAACCGAAGAAGCAGAAGAAAUCAUCUUCGAAGAAGUCUGCAGGGUCUAAGUAGUGAGGUACUUGCAGAAUUUACCGAGACCUUUUUCGCCCACAUGUGCGGUCAAGACGUUGUCACCUGUUUUACCCUUAAUUCAUGUCCGCGAGAUGAAGCCUGUGAAUACCUAUAUAGAGACGCGUCGUCGCCUGGCAUUUUGAAGCAGCGUUUUGAUCUGGUUGUAAGCCUCCCUGGAUGGCAUGGGCAUGCUUUCUUGAACUGCUAGAUCUGACCACCAAAAGUCUUAGUUCAGUUUGGAAUGGUUCAUCGGUUUGAUGGUUUUAGGCCUAUGAUAUGAAUGAAGAAUCUGUCGCUUGGUUGUUGGAAAGGCAA